CUCAGUGUACGAUCACCGCUCGAUGUGAACAGACACGUUCGCUCAAUUGCUCGCGUUCGGUACUUUUAUUCGUUGUGCACGGUGUUUAUAUAUAGACAUUAAAAAUGUCUAGUGAAGAUGUAGUACGACAUACACUGGCCUGCCAAUUUCCUGACGAUGCCGCUCAACCAACUCAGGUUGAUAUGGUCCGGUUUAUUAAAUCGUUGAAAAACGAUCAGCGUUUGAUGGAUACAGCUUACAAAGUAUCCGACGAAAAGGCAGUUUUCAUCCGUUUUAAAAACGAGAAAGCGAUGAAAUUCACCUUGGAGAACAAUGAAGAGUUGCUACCAUUCGUUUACAACAAUGGAAAAAAGGUUAUGAUUCAAUUAUCCAUAGCUGGAAACACCCGCUAUGUACGGAUCUUUGAUUUGCCUCCGGAAAUACCUGAUACCGACUUGUGUUCAGUGAUGACAAAGUUUGGAAAAGUUAAGCGAAUUGUUCGUGAACGAUUUCCGGCAGAAUAUCAACUUGAUAUGUUUAACGGAAUCCGAGGCCUGCACAUGGAGGUGGAAAAAGAGAUUCCGAAAGUUCUUUAUUUUCGUAAUCACAAGGGCACGAUUCAUUACGACGGGAUAAAGUUGCGGUGUUUUGCGUGUAAAUCUGAUACCCAUCUCAAGAAUGCUUGUCCGAUCGUUCGUAGUCGACAAUCUGCGGCAAAUAAGCAACAAACGCCAUUAUUGGAUGACCUUGAGGAUAGCACACCCGAGAACAACUCAGAAGGAAAACAAGACACCGUUGGAAUGGCUGCUGUUGAAUCCGACCGUAGCAAACAAAAGGGAAUGGAAGCUACACUGCUGCCGGACACGAAGCAGCGACCAUCGGAUUCUGCUGCCAAGCCAUCCCACAAAGAGAAAGCCAACAGAUCACAGUCAAGCGAAAGCGGAAUUGUUCCUGUUUCUCUCUAGUAAGGUUAGGUGCAGAGUCGCGUCGUAUUACUGGAUAGAAGAUGAAAAUGAGUGGCGCCUACUGAUAGCAGAGGACAAAGAGAGAAUAGCGAAAUCAAUGAAUACAACGAUUGACAAAAUCGAUUUUUUUAUAGAUUCAUUGUAAUUUUUUAUCAUUAUUAUUUUUAUUAUUAUUAUUAUUAUGUAUA